CUCCGCCCGACCGCCGCCGCGCCGCCAUCAUGGACACGAGCCGUGUGCAGCCCAUCAAGUUGGCCAGGGUCACCAAAGUUCUGGGCAGGACCGGCUCGCAGGGACAGUGCACACAGGUGCGCGUGGAGUUCAUGGACGACACGAGCCGCUCCAUCAUCCGCAACGUGAAAGGCCCCGUGCGCGAGGGCGACGUGCUCACCCUAUUGGAGUCAGAGCGAGAAGCUCGGAGGUUACGCUGAACUUGGAGUUGGGUCCUGGAUAUCUGGGUCG